CGGGGCGCGGGGGUCACUGUGGGCGCUGAGGGGCGCGGGAGCCGGGCCGGGAGGAGCGGGGCGCGGCCGGGGCCGCGGCGGCUCUGUGCCGGCUCCCCAGGGCGGCGGAGGGGCCCUCAGGGCUGUGGUGCGCUGAGGAGCCCGCGCUGCUCCCGCCGGGGCCGAGCGAGGGAAGAGGAGCUCGGUUUCCUGAGGUAGAUGUUUUUGCCCCGGCCCCGCUGUCCAGAAGAAGGUCGCUGUCGGUUACUGUUGGACUUCGACAGACCUAGUCUGGGAAGAUAAUUGAAGUUCCUUUGCUCCGUAUGCUGUUUCACAGGCUGUAAACAAAUCCGAGCCACGGCUGGAACCUGAGGCAGCUCCAUUUCCAUCGAGCGCUUUGCGGGUCAGAGCCGUCCUGCCGCGCUCCUGCACUCGGGUGGGCGUCGAUACGUGUGCAAAGCAAACAACGCUGUGGCAUCGGUGUCAACGUCCAGGCGCAGAGGCCGGGGAUGGCCCCGCUGCCGGGCGCGGAGCGGGUGCGCACCUCGCUGCAGCUGUACCGGUACCUGCUGCGGUGCUGCAGGCGGCUCCCCGAGGAGGGCGCCCGGCAGCACUACAGACACGCCGUCAGGCAGAGUUUCAAAGUUCACGCAGAUGAAGACGAUCCCGAGCGAAUCCAGCAGAUUAUUAAGAGGGCCAUUGAAGAUGCUGACUGGGUCAUGAAUAAAUAUAAAAAACAGAAGUAGAAGAGGAAUGAUGAAGACAAGAACGUCCUUGGUAAACGUCCGGAGAGGCCCUGCAGUAAACUCAUUCAAGAGGGACAGCCCCAAGGAGCUAGAAGGCGCAACUAUGGCAUGUCUGCAGCUCCGAAUGCCUGAGGUGCCGGCUGAGCUAUGGGAACAUGGGACCAAAGGUAUGGUAGAUGUAACUGAUACGGUAGGACCAGGGUCUGUGAAUUUUAGUCCUUGGAGCCUGGUAGCACAUGCGGUUCUGACUGGGGCGCAGUGGGGAACGUGGUCGCUGAGGCAGGAGACACCGUGACUAAAUAUUUUGACGGCAGUCAGUCAGUUGUGGGGCAUGAUGAGAUGUCAGAGUAACUUCUUCUUUGUAUGCAAACAUAAUCUGGUUUUCAAAAUAACAAACCUUUGAACAGAAUGGAAACAUAAUGUGAAUAUAACUUUAUUUACUCUGUUAUGGAACAGCUAAAUUUCUUGGUAGUGAGAGACACAAUGCAAACAACUACUUAUUUCCUUGUAAUAGUGAAAGUAACCUCGAUGUCUAAGACAGACUCAUUUACCUGAUAACUGGCCUGGAGUCAUUCAGCUGCAUAGCUGAGGCCUUUAUCUUUUCAAGAUAUUAUACAAAUUCUGUUCUUCAGCAGCAUAAGUUGAGGCAAAGGUGUUUAAUACUAGCCCAGAUGUAGAUGAGAACCUGCACUCUGAAAAGGAUUUAGGCAGAGCUUCAAUACUUUUGACCCAAAUUAUUGUUCAGAAAACUUCUAGUCAGAAGUCAUUUAAUCGUGGAGUUGCCCUAAUUUACUGCUCACUAGCCUGUUUGACUCACAAGUCAAUACGGUAAAUUCAGUUCAUCGGUACCCAGGGUCACCUCUGAGCAGCACUCGGCCUCGGAGCCAUUCUCCGCUCCACCCAAGUGUCCGUCCGGUGUCAGUGCCCUGUGCCCGUGAUCAGCUGCCGCUGGCUCUAACUGGGCCUGCCACAGGGAACACUUCGUCGCAGGCCUGACUUUAUUCCUGCUGCUCACAGGGGAGUGUUUCCUUGGCCGGUCUCCGUCAGGGUUCUCUGGCAGCAGUUGCAACGAAGAUAUCAACACCAAACAGACUGGGGCGUUUGUUUCCACAGUCAGUCAUCCAGAAUCUCUGCAAAUCAAAAGCUUGGGUGCAAGUUAAGUAAUAGGUGGUCGAAGAGGCUGUGUUGUAUGCUGUAAUUACUGUUGCAAAGUUUAAAAGAAAAUAGCUUGCAAUGUUUGUUGAGCUGUUGAUGCAAAACAAGGAUAAUGUCAGUAAAAAGGAACAAGGCUACUCCCAGGUUUUAGUUUCUUUUUCUUGAAAUGAGGAACCCAUUUCUGUGCUCGUAUAUCAUGCCAGUUCUGGUAAGUACUGGCCUGUUGCUGGGUAUGUGCGACAGUGGGAAGAUAAAGGGCUCAUCGGGAGGCUGCUCCAAAGCCAUGGCUUUGGUUGGCCGCGCUGAUAAGCACUCCUGUCCUGAGCAUUCAGUGACACUCUCCCCACGGCUGGCGUCGCCCCACGGCUGGCGUCGCCCCACGGCUGGCAUCGCCCCACGGCUGGCAUCGCCCACGGCUGGCGUCGCCCCAUGCCUGGCAUCGCCCAUGGCUGGCAUUGCCCCAUGGCUGGCAUCGCCUGGCCACUCGUUGUCAGGGUGUUUACAGAAGUGAUAUAACUACCGUUUUGCAUCUUGUUACUGUAAGACCUUGGGUCAAUAACUUCUCCUAAGUUCUCCUCGACAAUCAGAGGAGUUGAAUGGACUAAACUGUUCAAAGGUUGCGGACAGACAACUCCACCGGUUAAACUAGAGAGAGGUUUUCACAGGAGGCUUGUUAUACAAGACAAACAUUAGAACAAGGAAAAGUCAGUUGGGAGACUUCUGUUCAAUAGAUUGGGAUCACGCUUUUAAUUCUUGAAGUACGGAGAAACAGAUCAUUCGAAUUUUCUUUUUUAAAUUUGUUGGUAUCAGGUUUUGGUGUGGAAAAAAUUGUAAGUUUGUGGUUUAUUUAAAAUAGAGAAUAGCACUCUGUGCUUCACAUAGCUAAAUAGAUGUAUAUAUCUCUGAUCACAUUCUUAUGUCAGAGGUGUUACUGAUUUCAAUUCACUAUUGCCACUGAAGGUCAUUUGAGCCCUGUGUGUACUGAACAGAAUCCUAAGUCAAUAACUGGACAUUCUUUAAACCGUUCUUUAGCACCAGCACUUUGUAAACUUUCUUCACACGUUUCGUUAUGUCACAGGCGUUGCUUUUUCUUCAGAAGCACGUGAGCUUAAGAAUUUGAUGCUGAACAAAAACAUCCCUUCUCUGGUGUUUGGCUCAUUUUCAAAUGUCAUAAGGAAGCGAUCUUUACUGUAAUACUAUAAAGAAAAACUGUGCACGCUAUUUCUGAUAAACAAAUAAUAGUCACUGUGAUCUUUUCUUAAGGGAAAUUUUCCUAUUUGUGGGUAGCUUUGUGCUUUCAUCUAAAGCUCUGAUAAAACAACCCAAACGGGCAGCACAGGGGCUGUGAGGCUUAGACAUUCAAUAUGAUAUCCGUUCAUUAUGGGAGUCCUUGACCUUCAACUGUAAGAACGGGUCUCAGAGCUCUAUGCUCCGCAGUGUAGCGUCCCUCGGUGUCAGCCAAGCCAGCGUGAGUUUGUUUGAACCGUCUGAAGAGUCUCUUUGCUGAGAGCUGUGUCCUAAAGCAGGUGAUGGCACGGGCGAUGGCGAUGGCACAGGUGAUGGCGAUGGCUCACGGCGAUGUCACACAAUGAUGGUACACAGCGAUGGCUCGGCGCCAUCCUGCUGCCCGCUCACCCCGUUCCUGUCCUGCCGGCUCCUGCUGUCCCAGGCACUCUGGUUCUUCCUGAGCACCAGCCAGCUGCUGCAUCUUUCAACUUUUGUAUUAUUUGACUAAUUUAUCUUAUACUUCUGUCAAGCCAGGUUUUAUGAAAUAGUGCUAACUGAAGUAUACACGAGUCAUCAAGUACUCCUUUCAGCUUGUGAUUAAUCAGGGCAGACACAUUAACUUAAAAAAAACCCUGUUCUUUGAAGAAUAUUUUCUGUUUUCCUCAUCAUUGUGUUUGAUAUUUAAAAUAGAAUCAUAGAAUCGCUUUGGAAGAGACGCUCAGGAUCGUGGGGUUUCAAACGUCUCGAAGCAGACAGAGGCAGCGCACACCUCGGGCUCGGUCCCGCGCGCCCGGCUAAGCCAGCGCCGCACCAAGAGGAGGUUCUGGAACUGCUGGUUACCUGUGAACUGUGAGGCCUGAGAAGUCACCUUCCCUGUGCUGGAACUGUCGGCCUGGGUGCCUCUUGAAAAGGGUUCGCUUGAUUUUGUGUGUUUGUUUUGUCAGUAACUUCUGAGGCAGCUUUGUCUGGGUGCUUCGCUACCUCAUAGCAUGUUUCCUUUCAGCUGCCACCCCACAGCACUCGGUCGAGCUGCCUCGGUACCUGUGUGCUUCCUUCUGCAGGGUUCAGCUCCGGCUGUUUAGAAACCAGGGCACUUCGUGUCCUUUUAUUAUUACAGCUUAUUUUUUGCCUAGUCUUUUGUAUCCUUCUUGAAAGAAGAUUAAAAAUGGAGUUUUGAUUAAUAUUUCCUGCCAUUCUACAGAAUGGAUUUGAGAAGACAGAGAACCGACACUAGGUUCUUGAAGCGGUUAGGUUGACUGGGCUAGUGUUGGGUAACGUCACACAGGAUCUGGGUUUCCUCAGGCUUACUUUCAUUUUCUCAGGAGUUCUGUGGUCCACAGAGAGUCAGCUGCAUCUCAGAUGGCGUGGAACAAGGAACAAGGAAAACUGUUUCAAAACAAACAGAAGUUACUAGUCUGGAAAACAUUAAAUCAUGGUGGUGGUCACAGGCAAGGGCUGUGUCUGCUGGAGACGCCUCCCUGGGACUCAGCGACCUGGGGACUCAUCUUUUGUGCCUAAAAAUAGAGUAUUUUGUUUUCCACAGUGGUGCAACUACCAGGGCUGCUUUCUCUUUUAUUUUCUGGUUUUCCCUCUUCUUCUUAGAGGUCACCAAGCAGUGAGUCAAACUGCAGCGUGCAGUGCGGAACAGACCCCCACGGGGCCCGGACUCGUCUCCCUGCCGGGCCCUCUAUAACUUGUUCAUUAUCCUCAAACUUAAUUGAUAAACACAGGUGCAGGUUUUAUAGCUAAUGUAAUAAUACAAAGACUGUAUACAAUA